CCGAGCAUGCAGUGCUUCCCCGGGCUGGUGCUGGCGCUGAGCUCGCUGCUGGGCGCCCUGGCGCUGCUGCAGCUCUCGCUGCACCUGCGGGUGCCGUCCCGCUACGGGAAGCACGAGGAGCGGCUGUGCCGGCCGCGGGGCCGGCUGCCGGCGCGCUGCGCCUGGUUCCUGCAGGAGCUUCCCUCCUUCCUGGUGCCCGCGCUGCUGCUGGCGCUGCGCAGCCCGCCCCGCCUCGAGCCGCUCGGCUGCCGCCUCCUCUGCUGCCUCUUCUGCUGGCACUACUUCUACAGGACGUUUAUUUACCCUUUCUUCACUAGAGGCAGACCUUUCCCACUGCAAUUGCUUUUCUUUGGCAUGUUAUUCUGUAUCUAUAAUGGCUUCCUCCAGGGGUACUACCUGAUUUACUGCGCUGAAUACCCAAACGAUUGGUGCACCGACAUCCGAUUUACAUCAGGCCUCCUCUUAUUUCUGCUGGGAAUGGGAAUCAACAUUCACAGUGAUCUCCUGCUGCGCCAGCUGAGGAAACCCGGCGAAGUCACGUACAAGAUUCCUCAAGGAGGACUGUUCACCUACGUUUCUGGAGCCAACUACUUUGGAGAAAUUGUGGAAUGGUUUGGUUUUGCCAUUGCAACCUGGUCCCUACCAGCUUUCGCCUUUGCCUUUUUCACUCUCUGCUGCAUUGGUCCACGUGCUUAUCACCACCACAGGUACUACCUCAAGACAUUUACGGACUAUCCAAAAUCAAGGAAAGCCUUGAUUCCUUUUGUUUUUUAAUGAAUGAAAUAUGGACUCUUUGUUUUGUUUUUAUAGGAAUUUUUUUCCAAUUCCUAGUUUUAAGGCUAGGCCUGACUAUAAUUGUAUAGAUGAUAUCCCAGGAUUGUAGCAGACAAGAAGGUAAUUUGGAAUGGAAGUUCUUGUUUUGAUUUGAGGGGAAAUUGCAGAUAGCUGUGGGCAAAAGGACUCCCCAACAAACAUAUUUGCUUCUCUGUGCAGCUCCAUCUGUGGGAACAAGUAUGUACCUGCAUUGACAUCCGAGAAAAGACAUUGGCUAAAUAUUGUUGUGGAAAAGUGAAAAGUAAGCCCAUUACUUUGGAGAAUCCAAUUUACAGCACUUCUGCAACUGCCCCUGCUGCCCCCACGCUGUAGCGCUCGUGCCCUCGCUCUGCUGGCAGUGCCCUGGGUGUUGCCAUACCUUAAACAAGACAGGGGGGUCUCAUUUGCCCCCAAAAAUUACUCAGCCCAUUAAUUUUCAUCUAAAAUGCAUCUAAACUCCCAGAAACACAACGUAACAGGAGGGAGCUUGUGCUGGCACAAGGCUGGGAGCAGCGUGCCAUGGCACAGAGGUGAGGCACACAGAGAUGGAAGCUGGCACUCACAAGCACAAUGUCUGUGUUCCUUCCUUAAGCAUUACUUCCUUCACUGUCAGAUGAUUAAUCUUCAGCCAUCAGGGUUUGUUUUUUAAAUGUACUUUGUUAUAGCAAUUGUAGCUCCAUUAGCAUUUCUUUUCUCUUGCAAAUCCAGAUCUUUUUUUCAGAAUAAAAAUUUUUCCACUUGGUUGUUGUUCAUAAAAAGAUUUGAAAUGGUGAUGUAUGAAAAAAAUCACAACAAAUAAAAAGCUCUGUGUUGAAGAAAAUGUUCUCUGACACUGGCAGUACAUUUUGUCUAUGGAGAAUAUUUUCAGAUGCUCUUAUUAGGAAAUGAUGCAGGGAUAUUAUUGAAUUUUUACAAUCAGACAGAAUGCCUCUUCCUAAUUUCAGGAUAGUUAGGAAUUUUCCAAAAAAUGUCAUUAACCCCAAUAGGAGGAGAUGUCCCCUUGGAUGCUGAUAGUUUUGGUUACCCUUUAGAGCAUAAAAUCCUGCUAAGAAUUAUGCUGAACAGCUGGCAAGAAAAAUACCAGACUGCACACAUGAAACAUACUACCUACUGUUGGAGUGACCUGAUUGAUUGUAUGCAAUUUCC